UUUUGUAAGAGUUUACAACAUUGAACCCUAAAUCAUUAUGUUCCCAAAAUCAAAAUUUCACUCCUCGAGAGUAGCGAGAAGAAGGAGGAGAUGAGCAAGAUCCGUUCGUCUGCGACAAUGCCACAUCGCGACCAGCCGUCACCGGCGUCGCCUCACGUCGUUACACUCAACUGUAUAGAGGAUUGUGCGCUCGAGCAAGACUCCCUCGCCGGCGUUGCUGGUGUCGAAUACGUCCCGCUCAGCCGCAUCGCCGAUGGUAAGAUCGAGUCCGCCACCGCCGUUCUCCUCCAUUCCCUCGCGUAUCUUCCACGAGCAGCUCAACGCCGACUCCGUCCUCACCAGCUCAUUCUCUGCCUUGGCUCUGCUGAUCGCGCUGUCGAUUCGACUCUCGCCGCCGACCUAGGUCUCCGACUUGUCCAUGUAGAUACUUCACGAGCCGAGGAAAUCGCGGAUACCGUCAUGGCGCUCAUCCUUGGACUCCUUCGACGGACGCAUUUACUCUCGCGACACGCUCUAUCGGCGUCUGGUUGGCUCGGAUCGCUUCAGCCUCUUUGCCGGGGAAUGAGACGGUGCCGUGGUAUGGUUUUGGGUAUCGUUGGCAGAUCUGUAUCGGCUCGGUAUUUAGCUAGUAGAAGCUUGGCUUUCAAGAUGAGUGUGCUCUACUUCGAUGUCCCAGAGGGAGAUGAAGAACGAAUCAGGCCCUCGAGAUUCCCACGUGCUGCUCGAAGAAUGGAUACAUUGAAUGAUCUUCUAGCAGCAAGUGAUGUCAUUUCGCUACAUUGUGCAUUAACAAAUGACACGGUUCAGAUACUCAAUGCAGAGUGUUUGCAGCAUAUAAAACCUGGGGCUUUUCUUGUAAAUACUGGAAGCUGCCAGCUGUUGGAUGAUUGUGCUGUGAAACAACUUCUAAUUGAUGGCACUAUAGCUGGCUGCGCCCUUGACGGUGCUGAAGGUCCACAAUGGAUGGAAGCAUGGGUGAAGGAAAUGCCAAAUGUGUUAAUUCUACCUCGCAGUGCAGAUUACAGUGAGGAAGUAUGGAUGGAGAUAAGGGAGAAGGCUAUCUCUAUCUUGCAUUCAUUUUUCUUAGAUGGUGUAAUUCCAAGUAACACUGUUUCUGAUGAGGAAGUUGAGGAAAGUGAAGCAAGUGAAGAAGAAGAACAAUCACCUAGCAAACACGAGAAAUUAGCAAUAGUGGAAUCCACCAGUAGGCAACAGGGAGAAAGUACUCUCACCAGCACUGAGAUCGUACGUAGAGAGGCUAGUGAGUUAAAAGAAUCUCUGAGCCCUGGUCAGCAACACGUUUCUCAAAAUACUGCCGUAAAACCUGAAGGAAGACGUAGCAGAUCCGGUAAGAAAGCCAAAAAGAGACAUUCACAGCAAAAAUACAUGCAAAAAACGGAUGGUUCCUCAGGGUUAAAUGAAGAAAGUACUUCACGAAGAGAUGAUAUUGCUAUGAGUGACACAGAAGAAGUAUUAAGUUCCAGUUCUAGAUGUGCUUCUCCUGAAGAUUCCAGAAGUAGGAAAACACCUCUUGAAGUAAUGCAAGAGUCUUCCCCAAAUCAGCUUGUAAUGUCAAGUAAGAAGUUCAUUGGAAAGUCAAGUGAGCUACUGAAAGAUGGAUAUGUAGUAGCCUUGUAUGCGAAAGACCUCUCGGGCCUCCACGUUUCCAGGCAAAGAACGAAAAACGGUGGCUGGUUCCUCGAUACUUUGUCCAAUGUAUCCAAACGAGAUCCUGCUGCACAAUUCAUUAUCGCAUACAGAAACAAGGACACUGUUGGUCUGAGAUCAUUUGCUGCUGGUGGGAAGUUACUGCAGAUCAAUAGAAGAAUGGAGUUUGUGUUUGCUAGCCAUAGUUUUGACGUGUGGGAGAGUUGGAGUCUAGAAGGUUCUCUGGACGAAUGUCGGCUUGUUAACUGCAGGAAUUCCUCUGCGGUGUUGGACGUUCGUGUGGAGAUAUUGGCAAUGGUAGGAGACGAUGGUAUCACACGUUGGAUCGAUUAAAAAGAAAAACAGAGUCUCUCCAUUUGUGAGUUUCUCUCUUUUAAUUACUUUUGUUACUUUAACAUCCUUAGGAUUCACAGACGAAAAACAGAGACACCCAAUUUUUGUGUUUCGAGACUGUGUCGUGUGUUGUGUAGUUGGUAUCAACCAACUUAUAUCUGUAAUCAUUGUUUCUUUUUAUUUAUUCUCGGUUUGCAGAAACAUCCGAUGAGCUUGUCUUAGAGGGACGUUUGUUGUUGUUUUCUGGGUCUGGUCGUGAUGAACUCGAAAGCAUUGUGUGUUUGGUUAGUAGUUUGAAAUAGGUGUGUGUAUUGUAUUUGUAUAUGCUGCGUUUGUGUUUUAGAGAUCAUCGUACAUAAAACACAUCAUCGUACAUAACUAAAAUUUGAGCUAAACUACAAAAGAAAGUAACCUUCAUUUUUAGUCGAACCAGGCCCCAGCUAGGCAGCUAUCUCGUAAAUAAGAUUGCUGGCUUACGAUCGUAUUCCACGUGGCAAUUUAUGUGCCGUGGAUUUAAAUUUGUACGUGGCAUGAGUGUUAGGAGAAUGUCCACAUGGCUUGUAGUUGUUAGUCCCACGCUCUGAACCAGAGCAACCGGCUCCUUACACGUGUUCGGCUUAAAUCCAUUUUUCGAAU